AUGUAAAAACUCUCUCCAUCUGCUCAUUCUUAGAGAUCUACUCCUACAUCAAUGAGAAGAUUGCACUCCUUCGGAAAUUCCAAUGGAAUUAUGCUUAUGAAUUAAUAUUUCAACUUACCUUUAAUAUCAAAUAAGAGCACAAAAGAAUACUAGGGAAUUUAAUUGAUUAAGCCGAAUACGAUCUCGAUGAUUGGAGAAUUUGAUGAUUAAAAUUAGUAUCAUCCCUAAGAGAACAAUAAAAUCCCAAUAUAAGCUUUAGUUAGCUUAGGAGAAAAGGCUCCUAAUCUGCCUAACUACACUCUUUUAGAAAGGUAUUAUUAGAAUAAGGCCAUCUCAAAGAAAGGAACAACAGAAAAAAGAAAACUUGUAAGACCAUCAUAAGAAGCAACAAUAGAAUAGAGACCUCCUAUAGUUCAAAAAAAAAUUGUACAAAAUUUCGACAAGUCAAAUGAGAGUUCAAAAUAUCCUUUAGAGAGAAACUAUUAUUCAGGAUAAAGGGAGUAAAAUGAAAGCGCACAAUACUUUUUAUUUCCAGAUUUAAAUUCAGUGUCUCAUCGUUAAAAAAACAGUGAAAUCGAGAUAUUGACUUAACGAAUCGAUAAUACCCAUAGAAGACUGAAAAUUAUUUUUCUAUCUGUUUUUUUUACUAUGGUGAUAUCAAAAUAAUUCAGGUAUUUAUAAAAUAUAUUUUCUAGAUUACUUAAAAAAGAAGAGACAUAGCUCAUAUCGAAACUGAAUAAAAAACUCUAGAAUUGCCAGAAAAUUGUAAACUAAAAUGGGGUGAAAUUCAUAGAAGAAUAAUAAUAUUAAUUUGUCUAAAUUAUAUCGAAUAAGGUUAUUCACUACCUCAAUAGUCGAACAUAUAUUAAUGAAUGCAAUUAGAUUGAUGAAUUAUCUAAACCUAUUUAAAGUUUGGAUUUUAAGAAAAUUAGAAUGUACAGCUUUUCAAAAUUGAUUUACUAAAAUUUAGAAUUGCUGACUCGAUCAAACCAUUUUCCUGAAUUGCUAAAAUGCUAAUUGAUCAUUAGUCUUUAUAAAACUUCAAGACAAUAGACUUCCUUCUUUGUAGGAGAGAGAUGUCAUUUUUACACAGCAAAUAGAAUUCAUAUCUCAAGGGAAGAGAAAUUAGUAAUAUCAAUGGAAUAUUUACUUUUUUAAAUAGUGAUUCCCAAUUUGAUUCAAUUAGUUAAUAAGAUACCUUAGCAUAAUGCAAAAUGCAAAAUUUAAACCUAAAAAAUAAUAAUUAUAAUUGCCAGUCUACUGCAUCAAUAAUUUAUAGAUAGAUUUUAGAAUAUGAGAAAAGUCAAAAACCCUAAUGGUUAUAUGGUCAAUAAACAAUUAAUUAUCUAGUAUAUGGAGAAUGACCUAUUUCUUAAUGAGAUCAAGGUUGCAUAAAGAACAGGUGAUAACAAAAAGGUUCUUGAAGGUCUAGUAGAUUAGGAGUAACUCUAUUACCUUGAAAAUUCAAAGCCAUAGUGGAAAGCAUAAAUGGAUAUCUUGUUUGAAAAGAUUUUGUAGAAUGUUGACUCUCUAAUAAACUUUUGA